UCUCUCGGUGCGUUCGGAGCCAGGCACGAACAUCGAUUUCAACAAGGCCUCCUGUGACAGCUGUCAGUGUUGCAAACCUUGUUUUACAGACAUUUUGGAGGGUGAACUGUCUCGCCCGAGGCUGCCUUGGAAAAGCAUCUACAUCUGACCUGCCAAUGCGAUUCUUCACCCGUCGGGCAGAAUCCUGGAGGAAAGAGGGCUUUGGCAAGAAAGGUGCCUCAAGGUCUGGGGGAAGAAUCCUGAAGGAAAUGUGCAGAGUUGUGUCAUUGCUCCAACAAGCUUGAAUUAUUUUGGCUUGGCAUCUACCCUACCACUUUAUGCAGGAGACGCUUCCGUAAUAAGCAACCAGGAGAUGAGGCACUCUGAAGAUCAAACAAUACAUACAUCAACAGAUAAAGAAUAUGGAAGAAUGGAAAGAAAUUGAGUAUUUAGAUGAAUGGCACUAAGAUCAACUGAUGGGGAUAGUACUUUUUUUCUUCUUUUAAUGUGUUUCCUGAUGAUAGAAUGGAAAACUGGUCUUGAGUUUAAAGAUACUUGGUAUGAAGUUCACCAAAUCGACAUGGAUCUACUUGCUUUGCAUGGAAAAUCAUUAACCUGUUGAAAUCUCUGGAGAAAAAAUAUUUCUGGCAUAUGCAUUGAUUUCCAACACUUGUCACGGAAGAUCAGUGUCUAAGUAACCAAGGAUAUUUUCAAAGUCCUCCAAAUUACAUAGGUUUCACUGAGGCAUAUUCCCAGAAACAAAGGGAAUAAGAGGGAUAGUUUUGAGAUGCUGAUGAGUCUUGACCUUUCCUAGAUUAAUGUGCUUGGGUAUAGUUGUAUCUUUUGGAGAAAAAUACCUUUCCAAGCCUGUUUCCAAAUCGACUUCACCUGCUCGUCUCUUUUGAAUAUUUAAACUCUUCUUUUGUAACUAUGGGCUUCAAGCAAGGAGACUCAGAGGUUUCAAUUGAUGUUCAGAAUGAGCCAUUUGGUUUCAAGCCACAUUGAUGAUCUGGAGGUCCAGGGUCUCUGUUGGAAUUUAAUUCCCGAGACAAAGAAGAUACCACCAUGGCGGAGAAGUGUGAUUACAUUGCAAACAUGUAUGGUUACGAUUUGGGCUGCCGCUUUAUCAAUUUCAGACCCUUGGGCUUUGGCGUGAACGGGCUUGUCCUAUCGGCGGUCGACAGCAAAAGUUGUCGCAAGGUGGCCGUGAAGAAGAUCACCAUCAGCGAUGCACAGAGCAUGAAGCACGCCUUCCGAGAGAUCAAAAUAAUCCGUCGGCUGGAUCACGAUAACAUUGUGAAGGUCUAUGAGGUGUUGGGGCCCAAAGGAAGAGACCUUCAAGGGGAAUUGUUUAAAUUUAACAUGGUGUACGUCAUCCAGGAAUAUAUGGAGACUGACCUGGCCCGUCUGUUGGAGCAGGGACCACUCUCUGAGGAACAUGCCAAACUUUUCAUGUACCAGUUGCUCAGGGGAUUGAAGUACAUCCACUCAGCCAAUGUGUUGCAUAGGGACUUGAAGCCUGCCAACAUCUUUAUUAACACAGAAGAUUUAGUGUUGAAGAUCGGCGACUUUGGAUUAGCAAGGAUUGUGGAUCAACAUUAUUCGCACAAGGGUUACCUGUCAGAAGGCUUGGUAACAAAAUGGUAUCGAUCUCCUCGUUUGCUCCUGUCACCCAACAACUACACCAAAGCGAUUGACAUGUGGGCAGCUGGUUGCAUUUUAGCAGAGAUGCUUACAGGAAAGAUGCUCUUUGCUGGAAGCCAUGAACUGGAACAGAUGCAGCUCAUUUUGGAGACCAUCCCUGUUUUCCAUGAAGAGGACAAAGAAGAGCUGCUCAAAGUCAUGCCGACGUUUGUCAACAGCACCUGGGAGGUGAAGAAGCCCUUGAGGAAGCUUUUUCCAGAAAUGAACAGCCAAGCCAUCGAUUUUCUGGAGAAGAUCCUGACAUUCAAUCCCAUGGACAGGCUGACCACUGAGAUGGGUCUGCAGCAUCCUUAUAUGAGCCCGUAUUACUGCCCGGAGGAUGAGCCUGUUUCUCAACAUCCUUUCCGCAUUGAGGAUGAGAUUGAUGAUAUUUUGCUGAUGGAAGCCAACCAAAGCCAGAUGUCCAACUGGGAAAGGUAUCAAGUGAGCUUGUCUUCGGAUGUGGAAUGGAGACAGGAGAAGUGUCAGGAUUUGGAAGAGGUGCAACGUGAUCCUCGAGCCGGAUCGGGAUCCAUUGCUGAGGAAGCCCAAGUGGAUCCCCGCAAAUACUCCCAGAGCAGCUCAGAGAGAUUCCUGGAGCAGUCCCAUUCCUCCAUGGACCGAGCCUUUGAAGGGGAUUACGGCGGAUCGUGUGAUUACAAAGUGGGAUCACCUUCCUACUUAGACAAGCUGCUAUGGCGGGACAGCAAGCUUCAUCAUUACUCGGAGCCUAAACUCAUCUUGGACUUGUCACACUGGAAAAGGGCAUCAAUUGCACCCACAGCAGAGUUAGCUUUGGAAGAGGAACCGUCUAACCUUUUCUUGGAGAUUGCCCAGUGGGUGACGAGUACACAGACGGGACUCGAUUGCCCCAAUACUGUCCCAGAGAUCCAGGAACGGAGUUUGCCGUCUUCACCUCACCAUCUCCAAAGAGAAUCCAAGGAAGUUGACAGCAAAAGUGACCCUCAGUUCGAUUUGGACGUCUUCAUUUCCAGGGCGCUGAAACUUUGCACGAAGCCUGAGGACCUUCCUGACAACAAGCUCAAGGAUAUCAAUGGUGCAUGUCUAGCUGAACACCCAAAUGAGAUUGUACAAACAGAAGUGUACCAUAAAGAAAGAUGGUAAAACAAAAGAAACAAACAAAGGUUUUGGUGAUCUCCUUCCCAAAAAAAUCUUCCAUUUUUAGGCAUUACUUAUCCAAUGAUGAAUAACAGCCAAGAUGUGAUCACACACAGAGAAUAUGUUGGCUUCUUGUCCAAUGCUGCUGAGAUGCCUUCACGUUAAGGGCAAGCACAAACCAAGAUCCCCCUUUGAGGCCUUGAAAGUAAACCUAAAAGGAGUCCUGGGGUGUGACUGAAAUGUGGGGAUUCUUCCGCUGCCUUAACAACCUUGCCUUUUCCCUUUCGGGAGCAUGUGUCAGACAUCAGCCUCCAGUGCAGAGAAUUUAACACACAAAAUGCUGCACUUGUAAUUUUACUGAGAAGAGUCAAAUAACUUCUGUCUUGAGAGCCAGGAAGCUUUGAGGAGUCCUCCAUCAGAUAGCCAGAAACCCUAUUUCUUAAUAACAUUGCAAUCCACAUUUGGGAUGACCAUUUCCCAUAAGUUUUCAAUCUUAUUGCCAUGACAUUUGUAACACAGGUCAGUGUAGCAUCUGUGUUACAAAUUGAACAUGGAGCUGAGAGAUGGUCUCCAGAGCUUGGAAAAGUUGCCCUUUCGAAUUCUAAUUCUGCAUUUGACUCACAAUGAGUUUAUGAUUGAUUGGGAACUCCCAGCCUGUAGCUCAUGGUCAAUUUGUUGUUAUUGAGGGAGAAGCCAUAGCCCAGUGAGAGAUAUGCAAGGUUAGCCCAACUUAUCUUGCUGCCUGGGACACAAUAAUAAACAACACUAUCAGCUAAGCAAGUUAAGACAUAGUACCCAAAACUAUCUAAAUUACUCCGACAUCUAAAGUACAUAAGUUUUUCUUCCUGAGCUCUGACAGUGCAACACUCACAAAAUGGUCUAACUAUUGAUUUGCUGACUUCUCAUGACACCUACAUUGCUGCUUGAUAUGGAUGCCUUGCUUUACCUCAUGCUAGGGCUGGUUCCAGAGUUGCAUGCUUUGCAUGGAGAAGGUUCUGCCUUCAUUCUCUCAACUUUAGUUAGAAAAGUUCAGUUACUAAUUCAAAGAAUUGGAGAAUUGGAAAAGUCCACAAGGACACUCCGGUCCAAGCCCAUUCUGUCCUGAGGGAAGACACAGUCAAUAAGGCACUCUCAACAGAUGGUCAUUCUAUCUCUGCUUGGAAACCUCCAGAGAAAGAGAAUCCACCACACUCCCAGACAACAUAAUCUACUGUCAAACAGCACUUAUCACAGGUAUGGGCAAACUUGGGCCCUCCAGGUGUUU